AUGUCUGCUCCUGAUGCUUUAGACGUCGAGGAUAUCGAGUCUGGCUUAAGGCUCGUACACAGCCUCCCGGAACAAGUUCACUGGCUAUGUGAUAAGAUCGAGAAACGAGAUGAUGGGGUAGAAGUAAAAUAUGAGGGGGAUAAAUCGCGUCGGAACCGAUCGGUAACGCAUGCCAUGGUGCUGCUAUCUUUUGCCGACCAGGAGGCAACCCAAGCCUGGUUUACGGCUGCGCUGAAUGCCCAACUAUCAAGGUGUCCACGCUGCGUUGAGCAGUUCUAUAUUUUGAAGAAGGGAUUGUAUAGGGAGCUGUUGGAGGCCGACAACAAGGAUAAUGUUGAUAUGUUCUUUAAUUUUCUUCACACUUGCGACGCCAACCGUGUGGGGCCAGUAUUAAAGGAGGUUGCCAGCGAGCUCAGGAACUCGCCCACUGUGGAGUCUUGGCAUCAGACAUUUCAGAGUCGUGCGCAGUAUAGGAACGGUGUUUACGAAGUUUUUUGCUGUCCAGACCUCCUUCGAGACCCGGAGAUCAACGCGGAUUUUACCGAUAUCUGUGCGACUCGGAAGGUAUUUCCGGAGGGACCCGGAGAGGGACUGAUUAGCUUUCUUUUUCGCGACGACGAGAGACUUCGGUUUCCAGUGGAACAUUCCUGGAAAGAGCUAGGUCCGCAUAUUACCCCUGAGGUAUUCGAAACCCACUUGCUGGCUACGUUAGAAGCUCAGGUUCAGAGGAUGGAGGUUCAGUCUGAUCCAGGGCAGCUCCAGUUAUUCUUCGCUGGAUUGGUAAUUAUUGUUCAAUCAGUUUCGAAGGAGCUUAUAAUGAAGUGUAUUUGUGGUGCUCAAAACGAUCCGAUCAAACUGGCUGUCAACCGAAUCUCAAACAAUGCCUCGUAUCUCCCCGCCCUACUUGGGCUUUUCGAUGCUUUAAUGAUACAACUUGGUUUUGAGUUCUGGGACGUUGCCCAGCCUUUGACACCUUCAGCCUUGAUAGAUACGCUGCUCGCGAAUGGAAUUUUUGCGAACCUCCUGAAGCGUGCACCACAAGAUACCUCUGGGGAAAGGCUUUUGAUUGGUCUGACGGGGUGGAUGUCUUCCUUGGUGGCAAGUGUGAGGCCGUUGUCACGAGCCACACCCGCUGCACCCCUCUUACGGCUGCUUUUAAAAGACCGGAGCUUACCGGCUUUGUCCAAAGGUAUCUGUCUUAAGGAGGGAAUGAAAAUACUGAGCAUGACCUUGAGUGGUGUUUCUGCCCACCCCAUCGAGGGCGAGGGUGGCCGAAUGAUCCUGCGACAAACCAACGAACUUUUCGACGAGUACACCCUUUUGGUCGUUGAAAUCGCCAUCUCCUUCUCCACCAGAUUCAAUGAUCAGAUCAUGGCAAAUCAUAUGGGAAUUGCACAGAAAAAUGCCUACAAUGCUAUGCUUUUAGCUUUGGAAUUGGACGUCAAGGUUAUGAAGACAGAUUUUAGUUUACUAUCGAAGAAGAAACCCGAGAUCCCGCACGCCGAGACUAGCAUACGAACAUCGCUGUGGGAUGCAGUGUGCAAAAAUAUUCCUAUUAACCACGUUAAACUUGCCACCGAUCUUUUAUUGAUAUUUUGUGAGAUCUUUGGCAUUGGGAAAUCUGUCCAUCCGAAGGGUAUUGAUACCGGCAGUGAGGCGGACAGGCGUAGAGAUGCAUUCAAUAAGGCGUUGGAUAUUCUCUCUCGAUGCUUCGCUCGUAUAUUCCAACGGAUAAGCCAAUUUGCACCCGACAAGCUAAAAAUGGUUGUGAAUGGGGAGCAUUCCCGGAUCGCUCUUUUUGUUGGGGUUAUAUUUCCUCCAAAGGAUGUGGCUUUUGGCGCUGAGGAUAUUCUGCUUAGUUGUUAUGGUGUUGAUAGUCGUGAAAACGCAAUACACGCCAUGUUUGACGAGAAUCUGGCUAUGGCGCUAUCUGCUGUGACAGCCAUCAGCCGUACGCAGGCUAAGUCCAGUGUAUUUGAUCUCAUGCCGGCAAUGAUUAGGUUCAAUCAGGAGAUCCUCGAGGUUCUGUGUGCUCCCGACAAGGGUGUUAUCUCCAAUAUCGACUUGGAAAACUGGACGAAGACGGCUCUCAGGGUUUAUUGGGAUAUUCAAUGGAGAGUAGUUGACUAUGCGACGGAGCUUUUUCGUCGGUUUUGGACGUUUGAGCAGGCGUUUCGUGCCAAAGGCCCUGACAAUGAGUCUACUCGCCCCCAGCGGGAAGCGAGUUGGAGGGCAAGACUUCUCCAAGAUCCAUCGAAAGCCUUGGAUUCCAUAGCCGCUCUUCUCACCAUCCAGGACAUGCAUCUAUUGAGCUCCAGUCAGGAGUUAAUGUGCAACAUACUAGAACUGCUUGCCAAAGAGAAUGUUGACGUCGAAGAUGAGUUUGUGAACAAUAUGAGGCCUAUUUUAUUCUCGGACUCACGUGCCGGUGCACGGACGAUGACAAAUUUGGUUGAAGCACAAAAGGCGCAGCUCAUGCAUGCUUUGAGUGCGGUUAGGCCCGACUUUGCUCCGCUUGAAGCAAAAUCUAAGAUUGUUGAGAUAUCUGACGAUGAAUAUGACGACAUUCCAGACGACGAUCUCAUACGAGCAAGCGAGCGGUCCCUUCGGAUUGCCUCCCGAAAACAGGCUAGGCUUGACUUCCCUGUCGCCCCAACUCCUCCUACCUACGAACAAAAGCUCCAUAAAGUUGGGGUAUCAAAAUCAUCAUCGAUCAUUGACGACCUAAGAGUUGGGACUCCCAAAGCCAUUUCUGUUGUACCCAGGAAUGAAUUCCUUCUCAAGCGGAAAGCGGAUCUAGCUGCUUCCGAAGCUGCGAAAGCUGCGCGCUUGGAGUUAAAGAAGAAAGAACAGGCGCCCGUCGUCCCUAGUUCUGACGAAGAUGAUAGUAGCGACGACGGUGGUGGCAAUGGCUUGUUUAGACUUGGAAACUCUGUGCAACGGUCAACAAAGCCCAUACCUGAGCCAAAGUUGAUCGAUGCUAAACCGAAGAACUUGCUCCGCCAACCUGCAGUGCCCACACGACGAGUUAAAGAUAACCGCGCCCGGGUUGCACCCGACCUUUCACCCCUCUACAAACAAGUUCUUAAAUGGGAAUUUUUCCACGACGAUGUCUUCCCCCCUGGCCUCAGUGCUACGAACUAUAGCAAGGUAGCAAGUACAUUUGGUUCGUAUGCAGCUUAUAAGAAGACUUUCGAGCCUUUACUGUUACUCGAGGCUUGGCAGGCACUCAAGCAGGCCAAGGAAGAGGCCCCUCAACCUGUAGUAAAACUCAAUCUAGUGACUAGAAUGAGCGCAGAUAAUUUCGUCGAACUCGAAAUUACUAUCGAUGGAAUGAAUGAACGCAACAGAUGGCUCGAGUCUGAUGUUGUUCUAGUUUCUGUCGGUAAAAAACCUCUUGCUUCCAAGGAUUCUCCUCACUGUCUUGCGAGAGUCCAUAGCCUCAAGAAAAAGUUUCCUGGAGCGAAUACUACCGAGGUACAGCUGCGCUGUGAUCCUUCCCCUCAGAUGGUGCAAGAAAAUAUGAGGAAUGGAAGCACACUCUACGCUACCAGGAUUAUGGGCUUUGUACCCACAGAGAGAGAAUACAGCGCCUUGAUGUGUUUAAAGUAUUAUGAUCUUGAACAGGAAAUUUUAGCUGCCAAACCUUCCUCACUCGAAGAACCAACAGAGAAGCAGAUAGUUCGAACCAGGGGUCUUUACAAGGUGAACGAGCCCCAGGCGCGAGCGAUUUUAUCCGCAGUGAAAAAUACGGGAUUCACAUUGAUACAAGGCCCACCUGGCACUGGAAAAACUAAGACAGUGGUCGGGAUUGUCGGAGCCCUCUUAACACCAAAAGUCGGAAGCACAGUCAUUCAAAUACCUGGCUCAAUGAACAAGUCUCCCAAGCCUACAACCAAGAAACUCUUAGUUUGUGCGCCAAGUAAUGCUGCAGUUGACGAAUUAGUCCUCCGGUUCAAAAAAGGCAUCCUCACAGCAAAAGGUGAGGAGAUGCAGCCAAAAGUUGUACGAAUCGGGAAAUCCGAUGCCGUAAAUUUCACUGUUCGGGAUGUUACUCUGGAUGAAUUAGUUGAACGUAAAAUGGCCCCAACGAAAGAAUCAGCGAACAGUAAGAAUGCCGAUAUGGAUGAAUUGAGACAGAAACAUCGCGCCAUUCUUGACGAGCGUGAUGCAAAACUCAAACAAUUAGAAGAUGCAAGGGCCAAGUCGAUAGAUCCGGGGACGUUGCAAUCUGAGAUUGAUAGCCUGAAUGCGACCCUUCGUGAAACUAGACGCAGUUUGGACCUUAAACGAGACCAGAAGAAGGAGAGUAGCCGGAACGCAGAAGUCCUUAAACGCCGUAUUCAACAGGAGAUCAUGGACGAGGCCCAUAUCAUUUGUGCCACGCUUAGCGGAACUGGGCAUGACCUAUUGCGAAAUAUUAACGUCGAUUUUGAGACCGUGAUAAUUGAUGAAGCAGCCCAAUCAGUCGAGCUUAGCGCGCUUAUCCCGCUAAAAUUUGGAUGCGAGAAAUGUAUCCUUGUUGGGGAUCCUAAACAGCUGCCUCCGACAGUCUUAUCCCGCGAAGCAGCGAAAUUCAGUUAUGAAAAGAGUUUAUUUGUGCGCAUGCAAGAGAACCACCCUAAGGAUGUCCAUCUGCUCAGUAUCCAGUAUCGCAUGCAUCCCAUGAUUAGUUCCUUUCCGAGAAAGCAGUUUUACGAUUCCGAAUUGGAGGAUGGGGAAAACAUGAAGGAGCUUCGAACCGAAGUGUGGCACAAGAAUCCAAUCUAUGCGCCCUAUCGCUUUUUCAACAUUGCCGGGCAGGAAUCCGCAGGAGGACUUCAUUCGCUAGUUAAUCGUCAAGAGGCCCAGAGCGCCCUCUCGCUGUACCAACGACUGACGGCUGAUUUCCCGCAAACUAACUUUGACGGUAAAAUAGGCAUAAUCACACCAUACAAACAGCAGAUUAACCUAUUGAAAACCACCUUCCGUGAUGUAUAUGGGGAGAAUAUCUGCGACACUAUCGACUUUAACACCACGGAUGCCUUUCAAGGGAGAGAGCGUGACAUUAUCAUCUUCUCCUGUGUGCGAGCCUCUCAGGAGGGCGGGAUUGGGUUUUUGAGCGACGUCCGCCGCAUGAACGUUGGUUUGACCAGAGCAAAGUUCUCUCUAUUCGUGCUGGGCCAUUCUACAUCGUUGAUGAGGAAUAGAUUGUGGGCGUCGUUGGUUCAGGAUGCAAAGGAUAGAGGUGUAUUCGACGAAGAGACUUUCGCGGAGUUCGGCUCGAAUGCUAAGGGUAAUCGCGCAGGGGGUACAGGCGCUUUUCGCGGAUCAACCAGAGGCAGGGGAGGUCAAGCUAGAAAUUCUACCCGCAACACACCCCCUCCUGUAGCGCCGAAGGUAGAUCCAGAUGCCAUGGAUAUUGAUGAACCAGAACCUCAAGCACCACACCAGCCAAACCCUUCUCACAUCCGGCUAUGCUUUGAGUGUAAUCAGCCUGGACAUAUUGCUAACUCCUGUCCUAACCGCCAGGGCCCGAGAAAUCACCCUUCGCGCAACUCGAAUGGUCCCGGACCAAGGCCCAUGCCUCCCGCGGGUAGGGGCAACGACCAUACACAAAACCAGCACCAUGAGCGUCUCCCCCAGGAACACAAUCAGUUGCCUAAUCAGCCCACUAGAGCACCGAAACGGCCGAUUGAUGGAGAGGGCGAGGUUCCUUCAAAACGCCAACAUCUUGAAAAUCGGCCAAGCUCGGCCAAUCAAGUUACUCCCGGGCCCUCAACGGUACCAGUAACGAUACGCCCACCGCACAAAAAGAAGGCUCAGCGGAGGUCCGAACCACCCGCCGUGUUUAUUAAUCCUAAGCGUGGGGGUGGUAGAGGCGGGCGAGGCGGUGGUGGUAGAGGGGGCGGUCAACCCUCACGGCCGAAGGGGUAAAGGAGCCUCAAAUGCUAAUCUAUCAGCAUUACAUACUCGCUAACCCCUAUGCAACAGUAACGACAAACAGGAGGCGGGUCAAACAAUUGGGUGAAGGGAUGGAAAUAAACAGAACUUUACUCAUAAAUUUUAUAGCUUCUUUUUACA